UUCAAGUUAUCUAUUUUUUAUACAAAAUAUUUAUCAUUUUAUCGCUGUUAUUAUGCAAAAUAAUUGCAUUUUAUCGAAUUACUAAGUAUUUGAAAUGACGAAAUAAUUAAUUAACCUCACUUUUGAUCAACUCUAGCGUUAGUUUGUUCGCGUCUAUAACAGUUUCGGUCGGAAAAUCAUGGCGUCUUCGCAAGAUGCUUGGUAUCUUUCGCUGCUGGGUUUAGCUGAGAAUUUCCGAACUUCCAGUCCACCUAAUAUAAAAUUCUGCAUACAAUGCUUACAAGCGGUUUUCAACUUCAAACCACCACCUCGAGUAGAAGCUCGGACACAUUUACAGCUUGGAAAUAUACUAAUAUCUCACACCAAGAACACCGAUUUAGCUCGUAAUCAUUUGGAACAAGCCUGGCGGUUAUCUCAAGGUAUUAAUGGAUUCGACGAUGUGAAAUUCGAAGCUGCCAGCGUUUUAGCUGAUUUAUACGAACAACAGAGCCAGUCUAAUUUAUCCAAACCUAUACUAAGAAAAGCUAUCGAGUUAUCGCAACAUAACGUUUACUGGCAUUGCAGAUUAGUCUUUCAAUUAGCUCAAAUCCAUGCAACGGAGAAAGACUACGAAUCUGCAAGCAGGCUCCUCGAAGUAGGUGUAGAUUAUGCUCAUAUUUCGUCUGCCAGUUACACGAAAGUUUUAUUCAUGCUGAGUCGAAGUAUGCUUCUACUCAUCGAUAAAAAAGUCACCGAAGCUUCGUCUUUACUGAACACAGCAGGUUAUCAUGUCGAAAACUGGACAGGAAGUCAAUGUCAAAAGGAAUAUCUGAAAGUGUUUUCUCUCUUUUUACAAGUUUGCCAUUACUUGAUGGGAGGUCAAGUGAAAAGUGUAAAACCGUGUUUGAAACAAUUACAGCAGAGCAUGUUAACUAUCAUGCAGCCAUCUUGGCCUAGUGAUGAAGCGAGCGGAGGAUCAAACAUGGGUGAUAUGUUCAUGUGGAUGCCUAAAGAGCAGCUCUACGUCGUUGUCUAUCUUGUAACAGUCAUGCACAGCGUACAAGCUGGCUAUAUGGAUAAAGCUCAAAAAUACACGGACAAAGCUCUCACACAAAUCGAAAAACUCAAAGUGGUUGAUAACAAACCGAUAUUAUCGGUAUUUCAAUUAAUGCUGCUCGAACAUAUCGUCAUGUGUCGUUUCGUGAUGGGUAACAAAGCGAUGGCUUUGCAAGAAAUGUCUCAAGUGGUAUCGCUCUGCAAUCAGUAUCCCAGACUGUUGCAAUCUCAUCGUCCCCAGAUUCAUACGCUGAUCGGAUUAUACGCCAUGAGUAUGAAUUGCAUGAAUGCCGCCGAAGCACAAUUCACUACAGCUAUCAAGUUAUCUCAAGAAAGAGAACUGUGGACUUUCGCCAAUUUGAACUUAGCCAUCGUAUAUUUACGUCAGAAAAGAGAUCAAGAGUUUAACGCACUUUUCGAAAGAAUCAACCCCGAAUCGUUAACCACUCAUUCGCAUAGUCUGCGAGCUGCAGCUUAUUACGUUCAAGGGUUACAAUCGUUCUUCCUAGCCAGAUAUAACGAAGCGAAACGAUACUUGAGAGAAACGUUGAAAAUGGCCAACGCCGAAGACCUCAACCGAUUGACUUCUUGUUCUUUAGUAUUAUUAGGACAUAUUUUCCUUUCAUUGGGUAACAGCCGAGAAAGUAUGAAUAUGGUUACACCGGCCAUGCAGCUAGCUAGUAAAAUACCAGAUAUUCACGUUCAAUUAUGGGCCUCAGCUAUUCUAAAAGAUUUAUACAGAAUGUGUAACGACCCAGCUCGCGAAAACGAAGCUUUCCAAAUGCACAGUAAUUUCUCCCAAGUACUGCUUAACGAUCACUUCACAUCGUCUAAAAUGCCCGAACAUAAUUUAAUCAACUGGACCGAAGGUAACUUACCUACCGAUUUGACGGCCGAUACCAGUAUUAAAUCAUCUCCUCUAUUGUGAUGAGCGCCACGACGACUGAAUUCUGUUUAUCGAUGUUAAUAAUUGUGCCAAUAAUGCUUUUUAUUAUUUAUUUAUUAAACAUAAUUAUCAUUGUGAUGUUUUUGAAAAUCUCUUUGUUGAAUUCUGUUUUCCUAUCGUGAUUUACAAGCAACAUAUUAGAUUUUGUUUUUCUUUUUUAUAAAUUAGGUUUUUGUGUAUAUAAUAUUAUUUAUGUAUUUAUUAUUUAUUAUUUCGAAAUUUAUGAUUUGACGACAUUACUUCAAAUUGAAGGUACUUUCUUGUUACAUUCAUUUAUUGAUUACCUGCGGAUUAAAGAAAGCUUUGAAAACGUAAUUAUAAUUUUUAACAGUUCAAAUAUAAUAUUAAGAUUUAUUAAGAUAUCAAA